UUUUUAUCAAUCUCCAAACGCAUACCGGCGAAUACUCGUACCCAAUCGCACACACUAUAACGCCCAACAUUACUAAUUGAUAUUUAUAUACUUGGAGUAUAAUAAUAAUAAGUAAUCGUUAUAUUAUAUAUACUCGUUAACUUAACUAUAUUAUAAAAAUAUUUAUACAUAUAAAUUUAUAAAUUUAUUUUUAUUAAAUACAUGUAUUAAUUACGCGGUAAUUUGCAAAAUAGUUGUUUUUCAUUUAGUGUUUUUAGUCGUUUUAUUUUUUCUAAUAUUUGUUUUAGUCUUGAUAACCGUAUAGUAUAACCGCAAUUCCAAAAAAUAUUAAACUCGUUCGCGUUCGUUUGUUUAUGUAUCUUUAAACAUAUUAAAAUAUAGCGUUAUAUAACCAUCUAAGCCACAUCGUGCUACAGUAGUUUUUAGUUUCGAUAUUAGUGUGGUUCGUUAAUCAACCCAGAUUGUUAAAAAAAACCUGCCAGAGAAGCGGAAAAACCAAAAGCCAUUGACAUUAAUUUCGACGGCCUGUGGUAGAGUAAACAAGUCAAGAUUAAUCGUUCACGGGAAAGGGCUAUGGGCAAAGCUGACAAAAAGCCCACAGCUCAAAACAGCACUGGCUCGAAUAUCGUUGGCAAGUUUACACAGAGCGUAAGACGAAUAGUCCAAGAUGUCAAGGACGAAGGCACAGCUAGUGGUCAAACAAAAGAAGAGGUCAUAGAAACGAAUGAAAGAUUGAGAGCCGUGAGAAUCCGGUUAGAAGAGUCGUACGACACGGCCAAAAAGUCACUCAUUACGCUAAUGACUAAGUACACUGAAAGCAAGACAACACGAAAUGUCUUCCAAAGGUACAAUCUCCUCAAGGCCAUGAUUAAGGAAGUCAUCCGGCUGGAGACGCAGUACUGGACAUUGGUGGAAAUACCCAAACAGGAGAAGCAGGAGACGGUACCAUCGUUUGUUUUACGUGCUUGUGGCAUCGUGGAGAAGACACAAAAAUCCGGCGAUGGCGUCAAGUCAGCGACAAAACUAGCCGAGGAGGAAGAGAAAAAGCGGGAACGAAUUGACAGAUUGGCUGAUAUGACUACUGCCCAAAUCGAAGCCGAAAAUACUCAACUGACAAACGACCUCUACAGACUGUUAAAGAAGUACACGGGUUUGAGAAAUCUGAUCAGAGAAUUAAAGAUGGAAUAUGUCAACUCGAAAGUGUAUCCGAUAUUUCCGCGCUACAACAUAUUGAAAGACUUAAUAAAGGACAUCAUGCAUCAUCCGGAGUACAUGGAAGUUUGUCACGAAGUCGACCCCGUAUAAUGGACAAUGCCGCAGGAUAAGAUACGUCUUCUCUUUUUUCUCCUUAUACGUAUUUUCUCCAUAUAUUAAUUUCAUCUUGUAUACAUUUUCCGCGAAUCGUGUGUAUACAAUCUUUUUUCGAAUUUAUUUCAUAAAGGACAAGUAAAAAAACCAUCGUUUAAAUGUGGUUUCAAAAAUGAUCGUCAAUGAUUUAGUGCCAAGACUCCAGACAAAGAACCCUUAUUAUAAUAUCGCUCUAAAUGGUGUCAUAAAAAAUAAAUAUUUACACAUAAGUACAAGUAAAGAGAAAUCUUAAAUUAGCUUAGCAAUAAUUCAGAUAUCACUUUUAAAACUAACACAUUUCAUAAAAAUAUCAUGUUCGUACACGCAAUAAAGAAAUGACAUCAUAUAA